AUGGAGAAGCAGAGACAGAAGAAAAAACGAGGCAAGUUGCGCCAUUCAAUCCUAGAGCACCAGAUACCGGAUGCUCCUACAUUAGAAGAAUUUGAAUGCCUGCUUGGGGAAUCGCCAACAAAUUAUCCUAAGGGUGAAGCUGUAGAGGAUAUAGAAAGUGAAUUACAUUCAGCUGCUAUCGAUACUGAAAUUUAUGAGAAGCAGGCUGCCGAGAGAGCAGCCUAUGAGAAGAAAUACAGCCAGCAAAUAAAAAUGACGAAAGAGGUAAUAUUAUUAGCUGAAAACUCUCACGAUGAAGUCGACACUGUACAACCUUGUUUGGUAUCCGACGACACUCAGGAUAAUCAGAUAGAUCAGAUGCAAGUAGACAUUUCCACAAUUCAGCUAGUGGAUAUAUUACCAACUGUUCCAGAAGAAGUUAAUCAAACAGUCCAAGAGUUUGAAGAGUCUGUAAUCGAAGUAGAGACUUUAUAUCAAAAGACCUUGUCAAAACAGAUAGAAGUUUCUGAGGUCAAAAAAGACAUGCAGGCAAGUGCAUUCAAGGAUGUCAGACCGUUCACGGAACAACAAUUGGCGUCUUUGUAUCAUAAUCAGGAGCUGACAUUGGUGGACGCCUUCGUAGCCGAAUUCACAGAGGCGCAGUUGAGAUGCGCACCAUUGCGACAGCAGCACAGAUUGCACGAACUGCUGAUGAGCUAUUUGAGAGUGCGAAAUCACUUGAUCGCGAAUUCGUACGAGCUCGAGCGUCUGAAGAAGAACUGCCGGGAGACGCAGAAACAGCUUUGGUGUCUGGAGAAGACUUCGGAGACAGAGAACGGCGAAUGCCAAGACGGCAAUCCUGUCACCGCCACUCACGAGUAUUCAAUUGCUCAUUUCAACCAACAAGCCCUGGUAACGCUCUCCAGGACACUGUCGGCGAUCAAGGAUACUCUGCAUGACAGCCAGGCGUUGUACUGUUACGAGGCAGAAUCGUUGCGUCUGCAGAUUGAACAUUACGUACAGAGAAUCGCCAGAAGCUUCAACGAGUUUGCUAAUCUUUCGCAAACCGUCCCAGCAAAUCUUUUACCAGAGCAAUCAUUAUCGCAAACUGCCCCCCAACUGAUCGAGCUCAGAAUGUGCGUAACUGUCUUGUUCAACUUUCAACGUCGAGUUUUGAAGGAUGGUAAAUUCGUCACGGAUACUAGAGAGUGGCUUUCGAAGCUGGUGGCGGUGCUCCUGAGAGUCGCCACUUGGCAGGAUCAUUUGUUUCUGUUGAACCAUAUACUACGAUGCCCCGGGGGCGUGAUGAACUGGGCGAAAUCCUUUGUACAAGUGCCAGUGCCACCGAAAGUCUUGGGAUUGAGUUCUUCGCCAUUUAAUGAUCCAUACCUCGAUCAUAUGAUCGCUACUCUCGCAGUAAUCCUAUUGCCGAUCAAAGAUCGAGAUAAAUUCUUGGAGCAGGUGCAGGUAUCCUUGCAGGAUACCACAAGUAGUCCAGGGGACACAGUGUGGGUGAUGUUGGAUGAGGAGGGUGAAGAGGACGAAGAUAUUGCCAAUGUCGGCGCUAAUCUCUUUGAAAGUGACCUGAUCUCUCUUCUUCAUCAGAUCCCGCUGGACAAACUCUUCGAGCAGGUGCUGUUUAUUCAACGUCAAAAUGAUAAAUAUAAGCAGGAGGAGAAAGCCAUCACAACCCAUCACAUGUUACGUCUCUUCGCGUUCUACAGCGUGCUCAUCAAACUCCUGAAGCAAGGUCUAAAGUCUUACGACUCGCCAAGAUAUAGACAAUUGACAAAGAGACUUAGCGCGUUGAUCCGAGAUGUUGUGCAAUACGCCAGCGAUCAGUGGGAAGCUUUCGACAAAAGCCAAAUAACUGAUGAGUCAAAGGUGCUGAAACUACAGACCGAAUACGAUUGUUUUUUCCUGAGAGCGAUUCUAUGCAUAUUCUCGUCACGACGUUUAGGUGCUUGGCAAUAUCUUGCAGCAAUACCGUACCAUAUUAUAUCAUCCACUACUCUAUGGCACAUCUUCUAUAUCCUGCAUACUGAUGCCACAUCUACUGACAUAAAAAUGUCAAAUAUGUCAGUCUCAGACUGGGAAUCAGAGUUGAGUCAUCCUGAACUGCACGAACAAUUCGAGGAAAAGCUGGGCAACAUGCCCGGUGAUGAGUCUUACUUUCUGCUGACAACUUUUGCUAAUAUGGCUAUGGCUAGAGGCUACAAAGACUAUGAUUUUGUUAGAACAACUACGAUUAAUCUGUUUCAAAUUGGAUUUCUUAGCGAGAAAACUCAAGAAUCCUGCUCGAAAGAUGCGAGGUCACUUUUAUCGAACUUAACAAGCAAAUAUCCAACUCUGUUGUCAGAUAUCCUGCAAAAAUUAAAGGACAACUUUGUAGCAGUUGGAAAACUGAGUUUAUAUUUGUUCACUGAGUUGAAGAUAAACACAUGGGUACCACAGCAGCAGGAUAUGACAAUUUUGUCCACCUGGUUGCAUCAGUAUCCUCUAACUUCGUCCGAAAGUCAUUUGGCCCGGCUAGUUCUUACACAUUUGAAUUGGGGCCUUGAUGCAAAUGAUAAUCUGUUUCUUCCGAUUGAUUUGCAUCGACAAAUGGCAUUGUUGAUUAUCGAGCUUACAAUGAAAUAUGUGCCUGACACCCCAGUACAAACCGCUUCGUUAUUAGCUGAAAGUAUGAAACACGUUUCCUCAAUAGUGAGGCCUCAGAACAGUGAACAAGCUUUUAGUCUGUGGGCAUGGGAAAUGAUGAAUAGACUAAAGUUGCAUCAGUUAGAUCGAUCGGAAUCCAUCUGUCAAUAUACCAUUUCGAAUCCAGCCGAGGGUCUCGCUUGCGUGCCUAACAUGGAAUCAGACUCCUUCUUGGAGAUUCUGGUUAAAGGAGUGCGGGAGAAGCAGCCGAUCGCUAGUUUUGCCUCCGUACUAAUGACCUUAUGGGGCCACUCAGUGCCAUUGAUCUGCGUCGAGGGUUUUAGUCAGCUGCAAAACUUGCAGUGCUACUACAAAUACGAACAAGUGCUGAUAUGUUUACACCACGUGAUACCGUUGUUUCUUGAUUGUUCGGAUUCUUUGCUAAAAAACGAUAAAUUUGUCAGUCUGAUCGUGCCGCUCAUCAACGCCGACCGGACGUACAUGAAAAUAGCGAAAAAUCUAAUCGCCCCGGAAUUUCCCGGCCCGAUACUUAAGCAGUUUUCGAACAUGAUUGAAUCUCACUUGCAUCAUUAUAAAUGGUAUUGCUUGAAUAGUCCAGAACGUUUCGUACAUCUGUGGCUGAAUGUAUUGAUUCUUGUUCAAGAUUGGAAUAAGGACCAUAACGUAAUGUAUUUGAUGGAUAACGUUAUCCGCGCGGCGUUUUUUCACUUAGAAUCCAGAGCAAUGAUGGAGAACAUGUUCCAAAAUCUCUUUUACCCUGCUAUAGACGGAAGUAACGAGAAUAUAUCAUCUAAUCGAACGCCGGGAUCGUUCGGAUCGUUUCUAAGUUGGGCAACAGGAUCUUCCAGCUCAACAAGUCUUCUCGGUGGAACCGUUCAGACGAUAUGGCUCGCUUAUCAAAUACUUUCGACAGAACAAUACGACAGGGAACUUAAAACCGGAUUAUGGCGUGAAAUUCUGGGAGAACUGUCUAUGCAAUCCAAGAUAUCUUUAGAUACAGCCCUCAAGAGAGCCUGUGCAACAGUGAAGAUGACUCCGUUCGGAGUAAACAAUCUAGCUAUCUAUCGCUGGUCCCAGCAAGCGCUUGAUACACCGAUGGAUCAUCCAAUUUUGCCGCUUUUGUGGCAAAACUUCUUUAGUUUGUUUCUUGCGCGAGCUCCUACUAUUCCAGGAUUAAUGGACAAAGGUGGAAUUGGAGAAAAAUUUUUUGAAGGAAUGAUAAAUCUUAGCUACUUGAAGAAGUUGAAAAGACGAUUGCAUGAAACGACGGAGUUUUUCCAAAUGAAAGGAGAAAAAGACACGGACGACGGAAAACCGAUUAUGGACGAACGACGUGUAUUUUAUCUCAGUACCGCAAAGUUUUACAAAACGUUGAGUCUUUGGUUGGAAGAACCUCGUCUUCAAGAGCCGGGGCUUUAUCUUCCAGCACUUCCACCGCAAUACAUGUCGCAAAGGCUAAUUUUGUUGAUACAAGGAGAUCGAACUCUCUGGCUGGAAUACGUGGAUUACUGGGCGGUACAACAGUGCCAAUUCAAGGCCGUUUGUGAGUGGCAGCGCGUGACGUUUCGCGACCCCGAAAGCCAAUAUCAGAAGUUUUCCCAGCCUUCUUCAUUGAGCGCCACGGAAUUGAACGAUCCUCUGUGCAGAAUCUUUCGCAGGUUGAGUUCCUACGAGCCGCCAGCGUUACCACCGCCUCUGAACCGAAGUCAACCGGUGCUAGGUUGCAUAGCCAGGAAAUGCCUCUACGACUACGCUGCUAUUGUCGAUUUAGUCAAACCACAUCUCCGAGUCAUUCUCGACUAUGCACAGACCUACAGUCUUAUGGUAUCCGAGCACACCGCGGCAGACUGUAGCUUUCUCGAAUUGGUCCCGACUCUUUAUCGAGUUUACGAGAACCGUGUUACCUUACAUGCUCUCUGCGACCCCGCGCCAUCCAAUCAGAGACGCUCCAGAUCGGGCACGCCUCCCACAGUGCAUUGCGCGGGUCCGGCGAUCAUCGAGAUUACAGUCGAAGAAGCACAUGUCAGCGAAAGCGUGGAUCAUAUGAUAACUCAAAAUCGAGCUGAGUACGAAAAUCUCUUAGUGAAAGCUAGUCAACCGCCACCCAGCAAAGUCACCUUGGGCUGUGUUUUCAUUGAUCAUAUAAUCGCGAUGUUGGAACACGAGUUAACUGUCAGUCGUACUAACGAAAAUACCGCUGUAUUGUGCAAAGUACAAGAGAGCGGAGUCAAACUGUUCUAUUAUCUAGUAGAAUUCUAUACGGAAGAAGCAGCGUUGUGCCCCCCCACAAAGCAGCUUGUCACUACUUGCUUGGAGAAGUUGGGCCAGUUAUUUAUUAGCGGCGAGGAGUCUCAGGGUCCACAAUUACUGAGUACUAUAAUCCAAAGACCUACUCUUGGAGGUCUGUUAGGUCCACAUUUCACUCCUGUCGCUGGAGGAGCCUCCACAUUCCUGCAAAUGUAUCAAACUGUUGUGGACUUGUCCACCGGAUCCAAUGUUGACCUGUGCUUCGUAUUACUUUCGAAGUUUGAUGUCGGCAGCUGGUUGAAUUAUCGCCGUCCGCGAUUGAGCGAAAGGUCUACCUUCAUAGAUCUAGUUUCUAGAGCGUUGUGCAAUAUCGGUUUAAAUCCGGAAGAAGAAAAGUUGAUUCUGCAUGAACUGUUUCGAAAUCACCUGCGGCUCAUUCUUCUGCACGAAUUUCCCGAGCACUAUGGUGAAGUAUUGAGCGCGGUGCUGAGGGGAUCCGAGAGUCAGAAUCUAUCUCUGGAUGUGUGGCGUGAUUUGCUGGGAGCUCUCAGCGGCAAACCGAAAAAUAUUGCACCCUCCCAGAAUCCUCCAAAAAUCAGAGAUGAGAUUAGAUACUACGCUACGGAACAGAGACUUCUGUCACGCCAGGAGAUGCACGAUACUGCAGUACUUCUAAGCCGACACUUUAUGAAAGAAAGGUUGCAAUAUGGAUUGUACGGGCUUUAUCCAAAGUAUAGAAGUUAUAACGAGCCAUUGACCAUCUUUCUGGGUAUGGUCAGUCACGCUUUAGUUGUAUUGACGUUGCAGGCUGAUCGAGGAUCUCUUGCUGAUCAAUUGUGCGAGAAGAUUUGGCCGGUAUUGAGCGAAAUGUACGCGCCGUGGAUCACUCCAUACUGGACGAGGAACCUACGGGAGCCGACGGCCGCAUGGAUUCAGCAGCUAACGGAUGACAGAUCGGUGCUGCUACCAUGGAUUAUCACGGAUGGCCCUUAUGCGAAUCGUACGAUGGCAAUGUUCGCCGAAUGCAUUCGUUUCAUCAUCGAUACCAUGCCAGCAUCCAGUAAGAUUCUCAGCUUUGUGUGGCAAUUCUAUGUGUCGAACUACGCUCACGCGUCCGUCAAAGACCACGUGCUGAACGUCGUGCACGGUAACCUGUUGUCUCUUCCCUGGGAUCGCUUCUGCCCUGCCGUCAACGAUGUCGAGUUAAUGAUCCGAGUCAUCGAUCAAUAUCUGCCGGAUUGUCACUUAUUUCUCGGAAGCAUCUUUACCUGUGUUAAUUGGCCCAACUGGAUCAGUGAAUUAAUGAUCACACAGCCGUUGCCGGUUGCCGCCAGGAUGCACAUUUGUCUGCUGAACUUGCUAGUAAAACUAUCCAAUGAACCGAAUGUCAGGCAGAAUGAGAAGGCGGUGCAAUUGGUCACGGAAGCCGAAAACUUCUCUUGGCAUCUGAUCGAUGCCGCGGCGUACGACCAGGUGAUUAAUUGGCACGUGAUGAGUUGCGAUCCUAAAGUAAUCUUGUAUCUAGGCAAAGACCAAACUCAUCCUAUCGACGCAACCAUCAACAAUUUGCUGAAAGUAGCGGCAGCUUACGAUCCUACAGUGAAACAUUUUCAUCCUACUACUCUGAAGAAGAGACAGAUGUACAUACGUUCUUCGGUGAAAUUGUUGAUCAAUUGCACCACGAGACAUAAGUCUCUUCUCUCGACCAACAGCAAAGCGUUUAGCAACACAUUGUCGUCGAUGCUCGAUGAGAUGGAAAUCGUCAUCACCAGCACCGUCUCUGAACCGCAACAGAUUGCCGAGGCCGGUCUGUUAAUCACCGAGUUCUUACACUCGAUCAACCAGAGCGCAACAUUGGUCGAUCAUCUUCGUAGUAGUUGGACAUCGUGGUUAUUAGAGCGAACUGCUAGCAGCCCGGUGCUGAUGGGAGUGUUAAGAGUGAUCGGAAUAGCAGUUGUCUCCUCAUCUACUCUAGGUCACCUCAUGGAGGUUGCUUUGGAGGCUUAUUUCAAAUACAACAUAACGGAAGAUAUUCGACCUACAUGGGCGUCAGUGUUGACAGUCUUGCAAUCCGUAGUACCGCGUCAGCCACCGUUAGAGUCUGUGCUAGUAUCAGAAGGAAGAUUGUUAGCCCUUUAUUCCGUAUUACUGAAAAGACUUCCGUCCUGUAGAGAUAUCCGGGAGGAGGGCAUGCUACUGAUUAAUUUAGUGGAUUGGAUCAGUGCAAUUAAAACCACAGAUAUUGUGGAGGAAAAACUGCCUCUGUUGUGGGCGAAAGCGUGCGAGUUGGCGUACAGACAGUGUCAGUAUAGUGAGAAUACAGUGAUUGCUGCCAGAGCCUUGAAAGGAUUAGCACGAGCAUUGAUAACAGUAGCAGACGAUGCGGGGCAAGGAUGGGGUAUUCUAGGGGCUAUUGGUUUAAGAAAAGGCUCUCAACUCACCAUACGAUGCAAGUUCUUGAGCCGUGCCAUAGCCAUUUACUGCUUGGCACAACUACCGGAAUCCAAAUCCGAUCAACAGCUAGUGAGGUACACUCCACAUUCGCCUGGUGUGGGGCCUUCAAGAUCGACCGAUCCAGACGCGAUAGAGAUUCGUCCUAGCGCAGAGGCUGUGAAAGCAAUGCAAAGUCUGGAGGGACUUUUGAUAAAUAAGCAGUAUGCGGAGCUGCGGAGCGAUGUAGAAAGGACCAUUAGACUCAUCAGAGACUCCGCCAACUCCCUUCACAAUGCCGUUGAAAUUAUCGGCAUGCUUACCACAGAGCUUUACAAUCAAAGAUACUUACAUGUGCUGACAGAGUGAUACUAGUUUUAUUUAGAUUUAUUGAUGGCCUGACAAACACCUCGAAUUGUUUCAAAGCAUGAUACGUGAUCUUGUAAAAUUUUUGAUCGAAAAUCGAGGUUUGAGUAAUUCUAUCAUAGCUUUUCAAGGUUUUUAAAUAUUUCUAACUCCUCGCGUUUGAUUUUAAUGUUUUCAAAAUUUUUUAAAUUCAUAAAGAUUUUCGUGAAUCGACAUUGAAUACUUUAAGAUUUUGUAAAUUCUUUAAGAAAAUUCUAUAAUUAAAUUGCUUAAAAAUUUGCGAGAGUAAACGCCCGCAACAUAAAUUUCACCAAAUGACACAUUUAAAUUGAAUGCUAUGAAACUUGCAAAAAUAUCGGAGGAUUGAGAUUACAUUGCGAUUAUUCAUGUAGAUUGACAUUCGAUCAAUAAUUGAACUCCUUGAUUUGCGAAGAAAUACAAUCGUGAUAUGAACAGUCCUAAAUUUAAUUGCACAAUGUGAAUUUAAGAUAAGUUAUUUGUUUUAUUGUUUAAAUGUUUUUUAGAUCUGUAUCGAUCUAGUCAUGAAUUUCUCUUUCUUUAAUUCAAAGUGUUGCAAAGUCUCCAGGAUGCAUUCAAUUUAAAUAAUCGCAGUCACGUAGAUAAUUAUGUCGAUAGUAUGUAAUAAUUAAAAUAAUAACGUAAUUGUUUAUUACAUUUAAUAUAAAAUUUAUUAUUACACUCAUACUUUCGUACUUGUGUAUAUGAAUUAUGUGUUAAACCAAUAUUUGAUUUAUAUUUACAUAUCACAUUAAAAUCCCAAUAAUGUAAUUAACUUAUGAACGCAAUUAUUAUAAUUAUUAUAAUUUCGUUGUUGACAUUGCCCAAAGUCAUUCAAGAGCGAUGGGUAUUAUAAUAAAUUGUUGAUGAAUAAAGAUCGAUUAUUAAAUAAAUUUAAGUCAAGUUGUUAUACAAACAAUUACAAUAUUUAAUACAAGCACAACAAAAUACUAUAAGUGUUAGUUAAUUUUUCUCGAAAAACAAAAGACCUAUGGAGGUUCUUAAUUUUCCAGGUCUUUACCUUUUUUUUUCCUAGAAAAAUACGGAAAAAUUGUGAUAAUAAGAUAAGAAAUACAGUACCAAUAUUUCUUUA